CUUUUUCCAAGCCGGACCUCUCAUUUCUCCGAAUUGAGCGUCUGCUUACGGUCCAACCGAGCUAGAGAAAACUUCGAUGAGUAGAGCAUCAUUUAAUCUACCUCUAAGUAAUUAAAAAUGGGAGCAUUACGUUUGAAUUUCCGGUGCAUAUUGCUCUUACUUGGUCUUGCUUUCGCAGCCAGUGUCGCAGCUAGGGAUAGCUCCGAACCCGCAUCGCGUGCCUCCUUGAGCUUGGAUGAAUUGGGCGAAAAGCUCCAGACCUGUGCGAUUGUGCAGGACCUUAACGCCGAGAAGCUCAAAGACGCUUCGGAAACAUCGACCUUGACCUCACAGAUCUUCGCUGUCUUAUUUCCUGGUAGCCCCGCUGUCAACGCCCUUCUUGCGACACUCUACAUUUCAGGACCCCCGAAUUUUCUAUUGGCAUUAUGUCCGCCCAAUAUAGAUCCCUCGUCGCUGUCGGUUAUGGUAGCAUUUGCUGUGGGAGGUUUACUUGGUGAUACGCUCUUCCAUUUACUACCCGAGAUCUUUCUCGGAGAAGAUAGCCCCGAACAUGUCCGAUUCGUUCUCGUCGAGCCCAACCGCAACCUACUCCUCGGUGUCGCUAUCAUGGUUGGUUUUAUGACAUUUGUGGCUAUGGACAAGGGAUUGCGAAUAGCGACAGGCGGCGAAGGACACGAGCAUAGCCACGGAAAUCAUUCCCAUGAUAUACCGACGCAGGCCAAGGCUACUUCUAGCUCUAUAGAAGUUUCGAAAGGAGAAGUUUUAAACCGCAAGAAGGGCGAUAAAAGCAUCGCCGAAGCCCCUAAACAAGAUACCGAAAAGGAAAUCAACGCCAGCGUGAAGUUGGGAGGGUAUCUAAACCUGAUUGCCGAUUUUACACACAACAUCACAGAUGGGCUUGCUAUGUCAGCGUCGUUCUAUGCGUCACCUACCAUUGGUGCCACGACUACGGUAGCGGUAUUCUUUCAUGAGAUUCCUCAUGAAGUUGGUGAUUUCGCAUUGCUCAUUCAAUCUGGCUUCUCGAAACGAGCUGCGAUGGGCGCCCAAUUUGUCACAGCCCUUGGGGCUCUUUUAGGAACACUCAUUGGCAUCGCCGUCCAAGAAUUUGGUGGCGGCAGCGGCGUCGAUGGCAAGGGAAUCGGCAUGACUGGUGGUAUAUGGGGCACUAGCCUAACGUAUGGCGACAUGUUGUUGCCUUUCACCGCCGGAACGUUCCUAUAUGUGGGAACAGUAGCAGUAAUUCCAGAGCUACUGGAGACUGGUCCUAACAAGGCUUUAGAACUUCGGAAGACUCUUGUGCAGUUUGCGGCUAUCGCGUUGGGAGCUGGGAUCAUGCUUUAUAUCUCAUGGGAUUAAUUCAUCAUACUUGGCAGCAUAGAUCGGUUGGUCAUAGAAAGGCGUAGCAUCUCUGGUUGCCGUUAGUUCUGGCCCCGCUAAAUAUAGGAGAUGAGUCUGGCUUUUCGCUUCGCAUUUCUCUUCGCGACGAUUGCUAGAUGCUAUCAAAUCGCGCGGAGGCGGAAAUAUCAACGCUCUAUUCACCUACGAUAGCCGUUGGAAGCCGUACCUAGUAGUGUGGUGGAGAUGUCCCC